AUGCCUAGCUGGCCGAGGAAAGAGAGCUAUGAGCUAUUCUUCUUCUCUCUUACCGUCUUCGUCCUCCUCUUUCUUGACCGCCAAUCGAGUGGCUCGUCCAAUUCUAGAGAGCAGAAGCAGAUUCUGGCUGAUAUCCAAUCGGGCACUCAGAAGUUCAGCCGUCGACUGCUGCCUCCGCGGACCCUCAGCAACAAGAACAAGAGCGGGGACAAUAUCGUGCCCGUCACCGUAAUCGACGGAACCCAGGAAGAUCGAAGAGGGCGGAAAUCGACAUCCUCCGUCCGGCCAGGCCUUCCCAAACGCACAAGCAGCAUGAAGAGGGCGUACAAUUACUUCUUUGGUGGUGCACAGCCCCUCCCAGCACCGCCAGCUCCCACAUCACCGCAGACCACGACCGACGUGGUGGCACCCAGCAAAGAUGACCCGGUACCCCAGGAUCGCGGCAUCGACACCCCACCCGAGACGCCACGGGAAGCUCGUCUGAGUGAAGAUGAAGCGGUCCCUCCUCACUAUCCGCUUUCACUUCACUCUCGCAUGGGCCUGCACUAUGUGCCUGCGUCCUCUUUACUAACCCGGCGUCUCCCAGCCUCCGAGCCUCCGUCACCGCAAGCCGGCGACCCCCUCGACGUCCAGAUUAGCAAGCUCAAGCAAAAACUCGCACACGCCGAAGCCGACCUGGCCGAAGCCCAAAAGGUGGCCACCUCGCAAGAUGAGCACGUCCGCGCCCUCGAAGACGACUACAGGGAGCGCGAGAGGGGCUUCGAGGAGCGCGAGGCGGCGCUGCAGCAGGAUAAAAAGGAUCUCGAGGAGCACAUGGUCAGCGUCGUGGUACAGCAGGUACGCGAGGCCAAGGCCAAGGAGAGGAGCCUUGUGGAAGCCGAGUUUGAGGAAAAGAGGGCGGCUCUGCAGCAGGAGAUUGAAUCUUUGCAGGCGGAAAUUGAGAAGCUCAAGGGUCACAUUGCUAGCCUGGAGUCUGCUCAGGCAGGCGCGGCGGCGGCGUCUUCUUCUUCGGAUGCCGAGGUCAAGGGCGGCGAACUCCAGGCGCUGGCCGACGAGAAGGCUGCUAUCGAGCAGUCGCUUGAAAAGGCCAAUGCGGAGCUCGACGUCCUGAGUGCCUCCAAGACGGCUGCUGAGGAGUCGCUGUCCAAGGCGCACGCCGAGGUGGAGGAGCUCAAGGCCCAACACGCCACUCUCGUGCCCAAGAGCGAUCUCGAGGCACAGCAAGAGGCCAUUGUCGCCAUCACGGCUGAGCGUGACGCUUCCAACCAAAAGAUUGAAGCACUCACAGCUGAGAUUGCCACUAUCAAGUCACAGCUUGUCGAGGCACAAGACCAGCGCAAAACCUCGUCCAAGGACCUCCAGAUCAAGUACGACUCUGAGAUUCAGGACUUGCAGUCCAAGCACGACGACGUCGCCGCCAAACAUAGCAAGCUCUCCGAGGAGGUCGGUGGCCUUCGCGGUACCAUUAGCGACUUGGAGGCUUCGCUCCAAGAACACAAGGACACGCUGGCAUCUCGCGAGGCGGAGCUCAAGUCCAAGUCGGACGAGCAUGCUGCUGCCACUGAGGAGGUCGCCAAGCUCAAGGAGUCUACCAGCGGCGAGGUCGAUGCUCUCAAGGCGGAGAUCAGCCAACUCCAGACCAAGCUCAGCGAUGUCGAGGUGUCCAAGGGCGACGCCAGUGAGCUGGCUACCAAGCUCUCCACCGCUGAGGCUUCGUUGAAGAAGGCGGAGGAGGAUCUGGCUGCGAAGACGUCUGAGCUCGAGUCCACCACUGCGGCUGCCCAAGAAGCCAAGAGCAAUGCUGAUGCCCUCACCGCCAAGAUCAGCGAACUUGAGACUUUGUUGAAGGCGUCUGAAGACGCUUUGGCAGCGAAGGAUGCUGAGCUCACCAGCGCCAAGGAGGAGGCUGAGACUCUUCGCAGCACCAUCUCCAAACUUGAGGCUGAUCUCGAGGCCGCAAAGGGCGAGGUGACAACCUCUUCCACCUCUGCCAAGGAGGAAGCCGACGGUCUUCGCAGCACCAUUUCCAAGCUGGAGGCUGAGCUCGAGAGCGCCAAGGCCGAUGUUAGCAAGUCGUCAGACGCCGCAAAGGAGGAGACGGAAGCUCUUCGUGCUCAGGUGUCCAAGCUGGAGUCUGAGUUGGAGGCCGCAAAGGGCGAUGUCAGCAAGACUGCCGAGUCUUCCAACGCAAAGGUGAUGGAGUUGGAGGCAUCCCUCAGGGAGGCCCAAGAUGCCCUCGCCACCAAGGAGACUGAGCUUGAUGCUGCCAAGGCUGAGGCAAGCAAGGCUGUUGAAUCUGCCAAGGGUGAAUCAGAGGGUCUUCAGAAGACUGUGGACGAGCUCGAGGCAUCUCUCAAGGAGGCCAAGGACAGCCUCGCUUCAAAGGAGUCUGAACUGGAGCUUGCCAAGGGCGACGUCCACAAGACCACCGAGUUGUCGAGCUCGAAGAUUACUGAGCUUGAGGCGUCGCUCAAAGAGGCUCAGGAAAGCUUGGCCGCAAAGGAGGAGGAGCUUGCUGCAGCCAAGGGUGAAUCUGGCAAGGUCACUGAACUGGAAGCCUCCCUGCAGGAGGCCAAGGAUGCUCUGGCAGCAAAGGAGACCGAACUUGAGGCUGCGCAGAAGGAGGCUUCUGCCGCAAAAGAGGAUGCCGCCAAAACUUCUGAAUCCGCCAAAUCCGAGGCUGAGGAGCUCCAAAGCAGGCUUACCAAGGUCGAAACCGAUCUCGCAGAGGCCAACAAGGCCAGCGAGAGUGCCAAGGGUAGCGCUGAUGAGUCGGCCGCUAAGAUUGCUGAGCUCGAGGCAUCGCUCAAGGCAUCGGAGGAGAAGCUCGCUGAGGCUCAGCAGGCUACUGAGUCUACCAAGGGCUCGCUCGAGAAGGAGUUGGCUGAUGCCAAGGCUGAGGCUGCCAAGGUCGCUGAGUUGGAGGCUGCCCUCAAGGAGGCCAACAGCAAAAUCGAGGCCAAGGAGGCUGAACAUGCUGAGGCGCUCGAAGCUGCCAAAUCUUCUAGCAGCAAGGCAACCGACAAGGUUGCUGCUCUUGAGAAGGAUGUUGCUGCCAAGGAGGAGUCCCUCAAGGCUGCAGAGGAGGCAAAGACUGCUGCUGAGUCUGCGCUUGCUGAAGUCCAGAAGUCGGAAGCCGAGGCCAAGGAGCAACUUGAGGCUGCCAACAAGGCUUCAUCUGAACACUCUGCCAAGAUCACCGAGCUCGAAAGCCAGAUCGAGAAGCUUACCGCUGAGCAGAACAGUGCCCAGGCUGCUCAUGAGGAGGAGCUCAAGACGGCCCAGGCUGCUGUUGAAAAGGAUCUCGCAGCUGCAAAGGCAGACUCGGACAAGGCUGCCGAGCUUCAAACCCAGCUUGAGAAGGCAAAUGCUGACCUCGAGGCUGCCAAGGCGGCUCACGACGAUGCCCUGAAGCAGGCUGAGGCCUCCCACGAGGAGACCAAGACCAGCCUCACCACCGCUCAAUCCGAACUCGCUGAAGCACAAAAGGCCAAGGAAGCUCUCGACACCGAGCUCCAGGCUGCGAAGGAGACAGGCAGCAAAGCCGAGACCCUGGAAUCUGAACUCGCUGAGCUCAAGGCCUCUGCCGAAAAGACCGCCACCGAAAAAGCCGAACUGGACGCCAAGAUUACAGAACUCACGUCCAGCGUCGAGACUGCUACCAAGGAAAAGGACGCCAAGGAUGCUGAGCUCACUGCUCUCCAGGCCAAGCUCGAAGAAUCGAACAAGGCUGCUGAGGACCUAAAGGCCCUGGAAGCUUCAAAAUCUGAAUCUGAUGCCAAGCUUGCUGAGGCCGAGGCCGCACUUGCAGAGCAAAAGGGCAAGAUUGCUACCCUGGAGGAAGAAUUCACGACUCUGAAGCAGGACCGCGACGAAGCCAAAGGAUCCCUUGAGGAGCUCAAGAGCCAACUCGAGACGGCAAAGUCUGAGCAGGAGCAGUUGAAGACGCUGAACGCGAGCAUCAUGGAGAAACUCAAGGCAGGUCAAGAAGCCACCAAAGAAGCCGAGGAGAAGACUGCCGAGGCCGUACAGGUCGAGGAAGAGGCCAAGGUCGAGGUCGCAGCCGUCGAGGCAAAGACGGAAGAGGCAGCCAAGGACGACGAGGAGAAGACGGAGGAGGGCGAGAACCUUGGAGACUCGGUCGAGAGCCUAGCCGAGAAGACGGACGAGGCGGAAAAGAGCCCUACGACGAAUGGCGGCAAGAAGAAUAAGAAGAAGAAGGGCAAGAAAUGA